AUGCCCCACUCCAGCAUACAAUCUUAUGUGAUCCCUGCUUCCGCUGUUGAACUGGUUUACUAUGAGUCCAUUACGCUAACGCAUCGGUUUCAAGUCCUUUUACAUAAACUUGAUAACGAAAAAGACCAGCGGGCCUUGACUAACUAUAUUAAAUGCGUUGGCAAAGUACACUUCAAGUACUUACAGAAUGCAAAGAUCUCGCCAACCUCGACAUUUCGGUUGAUCGAUUACAUCAAACAGUGUGAGGCGAAACAAGGCUUUCCGGAACCCUCUGUUGAGAUAAUUCUGAAGUUGCAACGUGAGCUCAAUGAGUUAAGCAGAAAUUUCCACUGGAAACUUGCAUCGAUUACAAAACCCGACAGCGCCUUGAUACACGACGACAUUGACGAAUAUAACCAACAAUGGUUGGCAUACGAAGACAGAUUUGAGGCAUUGAUGAACUCUCAUAAAGAAGCUGUGACAAAUCUUGUCUGUGGGCUUUAUGGAGUUGUUAGUGACGAAACUCUUCAAGAAUGUAUCAAAGCAUACGCUAAGCAGGAGUUACAAUUGCGAAACCGGAACGACAAUCUUGAGAAAGACUACUUGCAAGUAGCCUACGAAACGUUGAUAGGUGCUCGCAUUUCCGACGCUAUCCUCAAGGAAGCGCUGUUCUAUUUGAAGGAGGAAGUGAAUAAGAUCUGGCAAAAGGAGAUGGGGCUCGCGUCGUCUAAGCCGACGCUCACCCGCAGCCUAAGCUACUAA